CCACGUCAAAUGACGGAAACGGGAGGCGGAUUUGUGCUCGCGGGGUGUGGGGGCAGGAGGAGGAGGAGGAGGUGGUAUAGUAAAAGCACGUAGCCGGGAGUCUAGCGUUAGAAAGAGAAACGAGUUGAGAGCGAAGACGAUCGUCUGCAACCACACAUGAGAUUUCAUCCAGUGAACAUGGAGACUAAAUUGGCAGAUACUCUGGCUGAGGCUGGCCAGUCCCAUCUGCUGCAAUUCUGGAAACAUCUGAGUCCAGAGGAACAAGCAGAGCUGACUCAAGAGCUCAAGGAUAUGAACUUCCAGGAGAUCAACACCUUCUUUAAGAAGGCUAUGGAGACCUCUAGUCAGGUCAAGCAAGAGAAGGUGGACAGCAGGAUGGAGCCAGUGCCUCGCGAGGUCCUGGGCAGCGUGACACGUGACCGCGAGUCUCUCAAAGAGUGGGAGGAAGAAGGUCUGCGAUGUAUCGCUCAGAACAAAGUGGCAGUUCUGCUCCUGGCUGGGGGUCAGGGAACCAGACUGGGGGUCACGUACCCUAAAGGCAUGUAUGACGUCAGCCUUCCCUCACACAAAACCCUGUUUCAGAUCCAGGCCGAGAGAAUCAUCCGACUGGAGCAGCUCGCAAAGGAGCGGUACGGCACCGAGUGCUGGAUCCCAUGGUACAUCAUGACGAGUGGAAGAACAAUGGAGUCGACCGAAAAGUUCUUUUCCAAGCACAAGUACUUUGGCCUGAAGAAGGAGAAUGUGAUAUUCUUCCAGCAAGGCAUGCUUCCUGCCAUGGACUUCAGCGGCAAGAUCAUACUCGAAAGCAAAGGCAAACUCUCCAUGGCACCAGACGGCAACGGAGGACUUUACCGAGCGUUGGGGGUGUAUAAGAUUGUGGAAGACAUGGAGAGAAGAGGAAUCGGCUACAUCCACAUCUACUGCGUGGACAACAUCCUGGUGAAGGUGGCCGAUCCUGCUUUCGUUGGCUUUUGUGUGCGUAAGGGAGCAGACUGCGGUGCCAAGGUGGUGGAGAAGACGAAUCCGACCGAGGCAGUGGGCGUGGUCUGUAAGGUCGACGGCCGUUACCAAGUCGUAGAGUACAGCGAAAUCACAAUAGCGACGGCCGAGAAGCGCAGCGCCGACGGUCGCCUCAUGUUUAACGCCGGCAACGUGGCCAAUCAUUUCUUCACCCUUUCCUUCCUCAAAGACAUCGUCAAUACCCAUGAGCCUCAGCUACAGCACCAUGUGGCUCGGAAGAAAAUCCCCUACGUGGACGCAAGGGGCGAGCAGGUCAACCCCGAAAAACCCAACGGAAUCAAGAUGGAAAAAUUUGUCUUCGACAUCUUCCAGUUUGCCAAGAAGUUUGUGGUGUACGAGGUGCUGAGAGAGGAUGAGUUUUCUCCACUGAAGAAUGCAGACAGUCAGGAUGGAAAAGACAAUCCCACGACUGCUCGCCACGCCCUCAUGUCUCUGCACCACCGCUGGAUCCUCAACGCAGGCGGUCAUUUCAUCGACGAGAACGGAACCCGUGUGCCCGCUAUACCCAGACAUGGACCAGCAGGGGCACUCACAGCUGAUGGCAGCCAGAACCUGAAGGAUGGAACGGACCUGCCAAUCAAAUGCGAGAUCUCUCCACUUGUGUCCUACGGAGGAGAGGGAUUGGAGAAACUGGUUCAGGGAAGAGAAUUCCACCCAUCACUGAUCAUCAACGAGACUGGAAUCCACGAGCGGGUGAAGAAUGGACUGUGAGCUUGACAUCCCAAAACCAACAUGAAAGCCGUUUUUCCCCUCCUUCCUCCCUCUUCCUAUCAGGCUGGGAGAAAAUGUGACAUUCAAGUGCAAUAAGAUGAAGGAAAAAGGCCUUCAGGGGCCUCAUGUAAUCCAAAUCAAUCUAUUUAUUUUGCAAAACUUAUUUUUAUAUAUAUUUUUUUUUUCCUAGAAUAGGAACAUGCAUGGUAGUUUAUAAUAAUUUAUAUGAAUGUGUUUAAGAAUGAAUGGAAUGUACUGGAAUGUAAUAUAACGUAAUCACGAUGGUACAUGGGUUAAUGAUCAGCACCAGGGUCUGUUUUUAUCCAGCUUUCAGUAACUGAAAUUUAAGAACCGAAUGCUCUUUAUACCACAUUCUACACCGUCUGUCUCUUUUUAAAAACCAAGACGCUUUGCCCUCAGCAGCUCAACACACAUUCCUCAGUAUAUAAUAAGUAAUGUGGAUGUAAUGAAUACCAGUAAACACUUUACUUAAUGAACACUUCCAAAAGCAACUGGACAAAUCAAAUGUUUAAGAGAAAUACUGUAUCAAUGUGGUCAUUAUUUGCAAGAAAAAUGAAAUAAAUUCUUUCUAAAUUGUUUAUGGAAA